GCACAGUUUGUUUCGUGUAUCGAGUGUUUUUUCGUUUUUUUUUUUAUUUUGUGUGAUUCUACAUCAAUAAAAAAAUAUUUCCGUUAAAAACUGCGCAAGCAAAGGCAACAAUAAUGUUAAUUAAUAUUUACAAAACAUGCAAUUUAUUAAAUUCAUAAACGUCAUAUGUAUUCGUAAUACUUUUCAGUGAAAUUCGGAUAGCGAACACUGGCGCUAUAUGUUCAACAGUGUCGUGUGAGUGUUAUAUGCAUACAAAUGCAUGUAGGUAUGUUUUAUUUUUUGUGUGCUGCUAUGUACGUUCUCGUCUGUCGGUCCGUCCACGGUGUGUCUAUUCUCGUGGUAAAUUAAACGUCGCGCAUCCCGCACCAACGAUCCAGGUGCGAUGAAUCAUACCUUUUUGAACGAGUAAUUGUAAGACAAAAAAAAAAUUAUUUAAGAAAAGCAAACAGAAAUAGUGCUGGUUGUGGCUGCUGUUUGUUACUGCAACAACAACAAUAAAGAAUCCAAUUAGUGCAAAGCAGGAAGAGCCAAUGCAUUCUCGAAUGCUGUACGCCAAGGUAAAUGUGUAUAUAGUAUACAAGCGUUUGCGACAAAUAUAGCUGCAAUUGUAAUGUCCAAGUGCAUUGGACUUCAAUUGUCAUUGGAACAAGGAAUUACAUUUAACAACAUUAGCAUACAUGUGAAAGUUGGGAACAAUAAGCUGCCAACUAUUCAAGCUAAAUCGAUUGGAUAACUGUCGUUUCUUAGCUGUGGUGCCGCACGCAAAAAUGAAAAUGGUCAAAUUAUUCUUCAGCUCACUAAUGAAAUGCUCAAAACAUGUCAACGGCAACAUAGUUAAACGCCAGGUAGCGUCUGCAACAUUACCUAAAGUACGCUAAUUGCAACGAAAAAUAAAUAAAAGUGAAUGUCAGUUGUAGUGAUUGCCACAACUAGUGCAACAAGUGUUCGGAAAGCCGGCCAAACAACUUCAAGCAACAUUUAACAAUACACACCCACACUCAUCACUGAAAAGCACAAUGGCCUCUCUACAUGCCACCAAUUCAUGCAGCAGCAGCAGCUGCAGUACCGCUCUGACCAACAAUAAGCCGUUAACACCAACAAAAAACACAGUUAAACUAUUGAAUGGCAAAAGUUGCAGUGAUUGUGGUGUUGUUGCUACCACAAAUGCGCCAACCAACAAUAACAACAGUAGUAAAAGUUACAACAAUUUGAGCAGCAAUGUUGAGCAGCUUUUCAAUUCCGCUUUGAAGGCAUUACAUUUGCCACAAUGUGUUGGUGGUGGCACGGCGGACAGUGGUGUUGGCGGCGGUGGCGGCAAGAAAUCGCCUGGCAAAGUGAAAACAAAUGGUGAAAAUAAGUUGACAUUGGUGGUGCAGAAGUGUGCGAAGAACAUUGACAUUGCCGCUGCAACGGCGGCGGAUAAUGAUGACAUUGACUAUGAGCAGCACGAUUUGGCGGCGCAGGAGGCGCAAUCAGACGCUGACAGUGUACAACUGCGCUGCGCCUGCCCGGCUGUCCAUGCAACUAGCACAGAUGCGAAUAAUGUGAAUAAUAAGAAUAGAACCAUGACAGUUACGACCACUUUUCGCAGCAGCAGCACAUCGGCGCUCAUGACGGCGGGUCAUAUGCGACCACAAACGUUGAAUGUGCACCAUUUGCGCGAGACGCCAUCGGAUCAAACGCAGAUUUUCAUACGGUAUGUUAAACAAA